UCGACUCCCGGUUCACAGAGAGUCGUCAUGAGUCAGAAGGUCGUGAGGUGAGCGGAUAGAGAACAGCGACUGGCCGCUUUUAACCCCAAACAUCCACAGCUUUCCUUCCAGAGAGACUCCGGGAGAAACAUGGAGAGGAAAAGGUGGGAGUGCUCGGCUCUCCCAAAUGGUUGGAAAAGGGAAGAAGUGACCAGAAAGUCGGGCUUGUCCGCGGGGAAAAGUGAUGUCUAUUAUUUUAGUCCAACAGGGAAGAAGUUUCGGAGUAAGCCACAGCUGGUGCGUUAUCUGGGAAACUCCAUGGAUCUCAGUUCCUUCGAUUUCCGCACGGGGAAAAUGCUCAUGAGCAAACUGAACAAGAACCGGCAGCGAAUACGCUACGAUAACAGUCAGAGCAAGGGAAAACCGGAUCUGAACACAUCACUGCCGGUCCGUCAGACAGCGUCCAUCUUCAAACAGCCCGUCACCAAAGUUACAAAUCACCCCAGCAACAAGGUCAAGACAGACCCGCAGAAAGCUGUGGACCAGCCCAAACAGCUGUUCUGGGAAAAGAAGCUGAGUGGACUCAAUACUUACGAUAUAGCAGAGGAGCUGGUGAAGACCAUGGAUCUUCCUAAAGGCUUGCAAGGUGUUGGUCCAGGUUACUCGGAUAAGACGCUCCUCUCGGCUCUAGCGAGCGCUCUGCACACGAGCUCGGCUCCCAUCACGGGUCAGCUGUCCGCCGCUGUGGAGAAGAACCCCGGCGUUUGGCUCAACACCACACAGCCGCUCUGCAAAGCCUUCAUGGUGACCGACGAGGACAUCAGAAAGCAGGAGGAUCUGGUGUUGAGCGUGAGGAAGAGGCUGGAAGAAGCGCUCAUGGCAGACAUGCUCGCGCACAUAGAGGAGGACACCGGCGAUGCCGAAUCCCCGAAGGACGAGUCCAACGAUGAGGACAUGGAGACUGUAUAGCUGGUUGAUCGGUGGCGACGGGAACGACCUGGACGACAGUAUUCCCCCCCCCCCACGAACCCAAAGACUCAGAGCGGAUCCCUAUGCAGAACACAAACCCUCUCUCCCUGACGUUCUGCUCUAACUCGACUGUGAAACUUCAUGUUUUACUCCCGUAACAUUUCAAGCAGUUUUUAUAAAACUAAAUGUGCUUUAACUGCUCUAUUUUUGUAUCAGAUUUCUGGCGUUCUCCAUCAUGUGUCCGGUGGGUUCGAGUGAGGUUUCGGGUGAUUUUUUUUGUUUUUUUUACUCAGACAUUGUAAGCUAAGAUCAUGCAACAUCAGUUUUACACACAUUUUUUUUUUACACAUAAGCAAAAAUGCCAUGUUUUUAUGACUAAUAAUAACUCUGAAAUAAUGUAAUAGAAGUGCAAAUUGUUUUGUGAUCGCUGGUACAGAUAUGGUGCUCAAUAUUUUUCCUGGUUUCUCUACAUUUUAGCUUUUGUUACGAUGCCGUUUGAGCGUAGACAUGACACAAGCUUUUACUUUGGU